UCUUACAAUAUGCUGACAGGUGUCAUGUGUGGCAUGGGAAAAGUGGAUAAAGCAAUUAGGCUAAGGGGUUUGGCUUGCAGUUCUAAUACUUCUUAUAGUACUUUAACUUACACUACAAUCAUGCAUGGAUUGUCAAAUUAAAAAUGGCUAAAGGACUAAUGAUAAUUCUCUCACAAAUGUUGGUGGAUGUGUGGUAGUGCUCUUGAUAUGGAAGUAUAUUGCAUCCUCAUAUGAAGCAUGAGCGCACAAAAUUGAAUUAAGGAUUCUGCUUUCUUUUAUUGAUGGUUAAUGAGGGUUUAGUGCCUGACCAAGAAACAAUGCAUACUCUUCUUUGUUGUUUGGCUAGCCAAUCUCACUUGCGCAUGGUUUUAAGUGGGAUUGAUAAACUAGUUUCUAAUAAUGAUACUUUGGAUUCAUCUAUGUGUAACAUACUAAUCAAUCCCGAUUAUUGGAUCCGAUGUUGGAAAAAGGUUGGGUACCUGAUGCUACAACUCAUGGACUGUUGGUUGGGUCUUUUAUCAAUAGAAAUACAGAUGGUGAAACAUUUGCAUAGGAGGAUUCAAUGCAAUAUAGUGUUAGCAAAAUUCUCCCCGAGGGAUUGGGAAAUACAUGACCGAGUUCCCACAGUUGACGAUGGAACUGUGAUUACAAAGUUUCUAAAUUACCCUGGUGGAAAACUCGCCAUGAUGGGAUAUAUCAAGCAGUGCCCUAAUAAGUUUGAAUUGGUAUCCACUUGUCCAUCAGACUAUUUGGAAUUUUAUUUUUUGGGUAGCAUGAAGAGGGCAGAAAGAUUAUAAUCAGCAAAGGAUUGAGAUCUGAGGGAAGACUGAUAUUGCAACCUGCAGGCUGGAGAUUGUUGACUAUUAUCGAGCAGCUGAAGUUCAUUCUUCAAUGAUAAGAUUGUUGUUGAACUCUAUCCAACCAUUGUUGCCACAGAAGCAGUUUUCAUCAAGUUCUAGUCAUUGAUGGAAACUUUUACCAGUAACUUGGUUAAAGGGUGACAGAGUUAGUACAAGUUUUCUUGAGCUGAAAUUCGGAAAUGGAAAUUAAAUAAUAGAUUCAAGAAACAAAUUGGUGUAAAGUGACAAUAUAGUUAAUGACUAAUUAAAAAACAUGUAAUUUAA